AUGAGCUAUUCUGGACCUCUCUAUGACGUUAGCAGGUCUACUGUGUUGUCUGCUGAGGCAGAGGUACUUGAUGAUGCUUUGGGUGACACUGAGAGGUCUCUAGGAACGAACAAGAUUCGAGUGAAGGCCGUUCCGAUGGAGGAGACUAUAGCCCUCGCUGCUAAUUUAUUAGCAUCACCCGGGAGAUACGCGUUCGCCAUGGCUAAGCUUUCGAGGUUGUCCCCAACGACCUCCCCUGGAACUUCCCCGCUCAUCAACUUACAAAGUUUCAGCAAG